AUGCCUCGCCUGCAGGAACAUGCCUCGCCUGCAGGAAGAUGCCUCGCCUGCAGGAAGAUGCCUCGCCUGCAGGAAGAUGCCUCGCCUGCAGGAAGAUGCCUCGCCUGCAGGAAGAUGCCUCGCCUGCAGGAAGAUGCCUCGCCUGCAGGAAGAUGCCUCACCUGCAGGAAGAUGCCCAUCGCCUGCAGGAAGAUGCCUCGCCUGCAGGAAGAUGCCUCGCCUGCAGGAAGAUGCCUCGCCUGCAGGAAGAUGCCUCGCCUGCAGGAAGAUGCCUCGCCUGCAGGAAGAUGCCUCGCCUGCAGGAAGAUGCCUCGCCUGCAGGAAGAUGCCUCGCCUGCAGGAAGAUGCCUCGCCUGCAGGAAGAUGCCUCGCCUGCAGGAAGAUGCCUCGCCUGCAGGAAGAUGCCUCGCCUGCAUGAACAUGCCUCACAGGCAGACCCCCUGCCUGCCUGCCUUCCUGUCUCUCUGCACGCAGCCGUUCGUGUAUCCCUGCCCACCAUCCAUCACAAUGGAAUAUGGUGUGUGUGGCUCAGGCAUGGCUGUCGGUAUGUACUCCGAUGUGAAUGUGGCGAUCGCUGUCUCCACACCUGACGGCACUUUGUACCCCGUCAUCAAGGCGGCCAACACCAAGGGCCUGGCCCAGAUCGCAUCGGAGAUCAACCGCCUCUCCACUGCAGCUGCGGAGAAGACUCUCUCCGAAGCUGACCUCCAGGGUGCAACAUUCACAGUGUCGGAUGUGAGUGGAGCAGGCCUCAAGUCUCUCUCCGCCAUCAUCCACCCCCCCCAGUCCUGCUUCCUCACCAUCGGCUCUGCGCAAGAAAGGGUGGUGCCAGGAGCAGCAGAGGGGGAGUUCGCGGUGCAGCCCUUCGCUACAGUCACUCUCAGCUGCGACCACCGCGUUGUCGACGGGGCGGUGGGAGCGCAAUGGAUGGGCGAGUUCAAGUCGUUGCUCUCCAACCCCAUCACCUUGCUCCUCUAG